CGGGAUUGUUUUUGAGCGCGAGGGUCCGACGCGCGGGAGACAAACGGAGGCGGGAAAUAAUUCUUAAGUAUAUGUGAUUGUGACAGCAGAAGUGGGCUUCAGUACCUACUUAGAAAAAGCGGCAAGAAUCGCUUUAUAUACACGGCCAGGUUUCGUUUAUUUCAUUGUGCUGUUACUCCACCUAAACUGGUACUAUGGCAAAAGUACAGAUCCUGAACAUGGUAGUUUUAGACAAUCCAUGUCCCUUCCACAAUCCUUUCCAGUUUGAAAUUACAUUUGAGUGUAUAGAGGAUCUACCAGAUGAUCUUGAGUGGAAAAUUAUUUAUGUAGGUUCGGCUGAGAGUGAAGAAUAUGAUCAAGUGCUAGACUCUGUACUUGUGGGUCCUGUGCCUGCUGGACGUCACAUGUUUGUUUUUCAGGCAGAUGCCCCUAAUUCUAGUUUGAUCCCGGAGUCUGAUGCAGUUGGGGUAACUGUUGUACUUAUUACCUGCACAUACCGUGGGCAAGAGUUUAUUCGAGUUGGCUAUUAUGUUAACAAUGAAUAUGCUGACCCAGAGUUGCGAGAGAACCCACCACUCAAACCAGAUUUCAGCCAGCUCCAGAGAAACAUCCUGGCUUCAAAUCCUCGUGUGACACGCUUCCACAUCAACUGGGAUGGUACAAGUGAAUCAAAGAUGGAAGAUAUUGAGAAUGUGGACCCUGCUCCCCAUACCAUGUUACCUCCAAGUUGUGUGCCCACAAAAGGCCUUGCAAGUGCACUUAACACCAUUCCAGACAAUUCUAUGGACUGCAUGUGAUCCCUUCUGUGUUUGGGAAUUCCAAAAGAACCUUCGUGCAGCUGUUUUGCUGUGCCUCUUAGCAAAAAAAAAAAACUUAUAAACUAUGGCUGUGCCAAUAUUCUGUACAGCUGCUACAUGACUAAAGUUUUUCAGUUUUGUAAAUCUGUAAUCAAUACCAACUUUUUUUGAUAAAAAGCAACGUCUUUAAGCACCGUUUUUGUAUAAAGAAUGGACCGUGGCACUUCCCUCUUUUUAAUCAACUUUAAAGUCCAUCUGAAUUCAGUUUUGUUUUUUACAAGUUUACUUAGCACUUCAGACCAGCAUCUUAUUUUGGUAAGAUCCCCAAGUGAUUAAGGCUCUAGUUGUUCUUGUUUUAACAAAAAGGGAGUUGUUGGCAUCUGUAGGGAAUACCUUUCAAAACACUGUCUUGUUUUUUCCUGUUGACAUCAGUCACGGUGAGUCUUGCUCCACAUUUCAGGAUAACAUACUACCUCUUCUGCAGCCAAUACUCUUCACCAACUUCCUUUUUAUUAGUGACAAUUCUUUUUGGUAUCUAACUGCCAUUAUGUGCAGAACCAUACAGUGUGCUGUGUAAUUGACAAUCUAACUGAAUCAACUUUAGUCAUUCAUUGCUCGGGUAGCACAGUUAAUAUUUUUAAAGGGACAUAAAACUCAAAAAAAUUCUUUCAUGAUUCAGAUAAAACAUACAAUUGUAAACAACUUUCUAAUUUCCUUCUAUUUUUUUAUUUUCUCCUUAGAAAAGCAUGAAGGCAAGUUCAGGGGUGUGCACGUCAGCAGUUUUGCAACAAUGUUAUGUAUCUAGAUAUCUCUUAAACAAAGAAUAACAUGAGAAUAUUUCUAAUUUGUUUAAGUAAAUUGGAAACUUAAAAAAAAAAUUAUAUUCUCUAUCUGAAUCAUGAAAGGAGGGGAAGAAAUGGGUUUCAUGUCCUAAUAAUUUACAUUUGUUCUCACUAAAUAAGUAUAGUUACAGAAUAUCCAGACAUGCUAGACUAUUUCUGUAGUUUCUAAUAUUGGUAAAACAUGGUAUUCUGAACAAAAGUUGGUCAAUUUUGUAUACAUUUUUUGGAAGAGCCCAACUAGCACAAACGGGAACCAUCUUGAUAGAUAUGGCGUGGACUGUUAAUAUUCAGAUAUGUGUUUCAUAUCAUCAACUUCUCUAGUAAUUUGUAUUUUGAAACACUGUCAUUUGAUAACCAUUCGCAUGGAUUUUCAUUCUUGUAAAUAUGAGUAGGAUUUUGCUUAAAUAAAAGCACUUAGAAAGUUGUGUAUUAA